AUAGACCCACCAACCAGCUGGCAGGAUGGGGAUGGUUUAUGCUUCUCCUGGACCAAGUUCCUCACACUGCAUUGAGAGGCCAACAACCGCAGACAGAGAUCAUCAAAAGGUGCAAAGAAUAUAGAAUUGAGCCGCUUCCAAAAGGCAGUGCUUGCAGGUACUGUAGAUGGGGUGCUGGAUCUACUACCUUUCCAGCAAUGUUGUAGGUCUGUUUCCAUUGCUUCAGUUCUUGACUCUGAGCUGCAGCCCUCUCUCAGAAGCAACAACCUCUCCUACUGUGCCCCACUUCAAACCCAGCUACAGUUUUGGCCGGACUUUUCUGGGACUUGAUAAGUGCAAUGCCUGCAUCGGGACGUCGAUUUGCAAGAAAUUCUUUAAAGAAGAAAUAAGAAUCCCCAUCACAUGCAGCAUGGCUAAUGUAAUCACACCACAUCAAAAGAAUACCUGGAAUAGCCCUGAUAAAGAUCCAUGUUUUCUAUCAGCAAUGACAACUGAUACCCCACUAGUUGCCAUUGUGAUAAGACAACAGCAAGACAUUUGGUUUGACAGCUGGCUCUCUCCUCGCUUGAAACUGCCUCCCAACUACCUUCUCAGUUAUUCCGGGAAUUACACUGAUGAUGCCAAAAGCUGGCGACUGGUUGACAUCACCAGGUUAACCACCAAAUACCAGCAUGACCAGGCUGACAAGAGAAUUUGUACUUCCGUUUCCAAUACAAAAGGCUGCAGCAUUGAGCGUGUCUUGAGGAAGACAGAGAGAUUCCAGAAGUGGCUGAAAGCAAAGCGCCUCACCCCGGACCUCGUCCAGGGCCUGCCCAGUCCAAUGCUGCGCUGUCCCUCACAGAGGCUCCUGGACAGAAUAGUGAGACGUUACGCUGAAGUACCAGAUGCCGGCAGCAUCUAUAUGGAUCACCUCACAGACCGAGACAAGCUGCGCCUCCUCUACACACUGUCUGUGAACACACACCCCAUUCUGUUACAGAUUUUCCCAGACGUGGAGGGGUGGCCAUUUCCAAGGUAUCUGGGAUCCUGUGGCCGGUUGAUUGUCAGUGCCAGCACCAGGCCCUUGAGGGAGUUUUACAGCUCUUCUCCUGACGUGGCAGCAGACCUGGCCUUCCAGCUCCUCUCUGUUGUCAGUUCUAUGGGGAACAAUGACUUGAACUACUUAUUUUAUUUCAUCCGUGUUGAUGCUAGCACAUUUGGCAUUUUUAACAAUGGACAUCUGUUCAUCCGGGAUGCCAGCACACUGGGAAUCAUUGACAAGCAGGAAGGUAGCCAACUGACUGAUGGCCAACAGGAAUAUAGAGACAUAUUUAGCUGUUUGGCUUCAGACUGCCAGUCUACAUUUCUGUCCUGUAAAACAGUCAGAGAGAACCAGAAUUUCAUUAUGGUAUGUCAGGAAAUUCUGCCUAAACUCCUGAAGGGAAAAUUCCUUCAACCUGUUCAGGAGAAAAUAGACAGCUUCCUAAGGCAUUGUGCAAACAGCUUCCUGGACAGCCAAGAGGUCAGUGAUGCAGCUACAAAGUUGAUGGAGUUCUUGAGACCUUUGCGAUCUUGUGAUUCCCGUUUUGCCUAUCGCUACCCUGACUGCAAGUACAAUGACAAAUAUUAGCUGCUGACAGGAAGCUCCUACUGGAAAGACUGGAGUAGUGUGUCACAAUUCGGCUAUCUCAAAGAGUGAAAGAGUUUCAUUAGGCAGCUGAAAGGAUUCAUAAAAGCCAAGGCUUCCUAUGUGACAGAGAAAGAUGAAAGAUAACAUGCCUGGGGUUUACAUCAGAACUCAAAGAUGGCAUGUUUAUGACAUUUGUAUAUUUGGUGCAAUCCAAAGGCCUAAGUGUUAAAACAUCAUUGUACAUGAUGGGGGUUAAAAGAUUAAUACAAUUUGUUCACACAUUUUGUUCCUAAAGGAAUUUUCCAUGGCAGUCAUAAAAAAAUUAAAUA